GGGGUGGGUGGGUGGCCGUGAUCAGGGUGGGGGCUUCACUUUUCCGGGAGGAAGGAGGUGCUGAGGGGCCAGAGAUCAGCGGGGAUUUUUGGGGGGGGGGGCUCUGUUUGUCCCAGCAUGGCCUUCAGCCAGCUGAAAUUCAAGGAGCUGGGCGAGGAGGAGCCCACCUGGGAGGAGGAGAGCCUGGACAGCGUGAAGGCGCUGACGGCCAAGCUGAAGCUGCAGACGCGCAGACCCUCGUACCUGGAGUGGGAAGCGCGGGUGAGGGGGCAGCGCUGGGGGGCUCGGACCCCCGGGGGCACCCGGGGGGCACCGCAGAGCCCCGGGCACCCCGAGGAGCAGCAGGACGGUGGCGUUUGUGGCUUUGCCACCAUGGAGGCGGCUCUGGAGUGGCUGAGGACGGAGCUGCGGGACAUGCAGGCGCUGGACCAGCGGCUGGCGCAGCAGCUGAUGCGGCUGCGGGCGCGGCUGCACCGGCUGAAGGUGGAGCAGGCCUGCCACCAGCACAAGGAGAUGCUGGACGACGCCACCUUCGGCCUCGAGGGCUGCGAGGAAGACUCGGAUCUGCUCUGCACCAUCCCCCCCAAGGCCGCCUUCCUGCUCUCCACGCCGCUCAAGCACAUCGGCGUCACCCGCAUGAACAUCAACUCCCGGCGCUUCUCCCUCUGCUGAGCCAGCCCCGCCGCAGCCCGGCGGCUUUCGGGGCUCAAAGAUCCCUCCCCAAAUCUGUCAGGGCUCGGGAAUGGCACGGGAAUGGAGCGGGAAUGGAGCGGGAAUGGAAUGGGAAUGUCACUGGAAUGAUAUGGGAACGGCACGGGAAUGACACGGGAAUGGCACAAGAAUAGCACAGGAAUGACAUGGGAGUGGCAAGGGGAUGACACGGGAAUGGAAUGGGAAUGGCACGGGAAUGGCACAAGAAUAGCACGGGAAUGGAACGGGAAUGGCACAGGAAUAGAACGGGAAUAGCACUGGAAUUAUAUGGGAACGGCACGGGAAUGGCACAAGAAUAGCACGGGAAUGGAACGGAAAUAGCACUGGAAUGAUAUGGGAAUGACACAGGAAUGGCACGGGAAUGGCACAGGAAUGACAUGGGAAUGGAACGGGAAUGGCACGGGAAUGGCACAGGAAUUACAUGGGAAUGGAACGGGAAUGGCACGGGAAUGACAUGGGAAUGGCACGGGAAUGUCACAGGAACGUCACCGUCCCCACGGGGCCCGGGGCAGUUUUGGGGCCCGGCCCUGAGCCUGGUGGGACCAAUCGCAGUGGGAACCGUGGGGAGCCGCCCUGCAGGUGCAAUAAAAGGAGUGAGGAGAGGACGGCA